GUUAUUAAUAAGGGAACGAAAUGAAGCUAAUUCGUAUUCAGUCAUACACAACAAAUCGAAAGAAAAAUGAAAACUAACGACUUCUCUUCAUCGUCGUCGCCGAGCGAUCGCAGGAUCGGCGCUCUCCUCCGUCACCUCACCGCCGGGACAGAUGCGGAUCGCGUGAGCUCCGUUUUCGCCUCGCCUACGUCGGGAGGCGCGGGAGGUUCUGUUUUCGCUCAUCUUGUUCAAGCUCCCGAGGAUGCUAUUCUCGGGGUGACAAUUGCAUAUAACAAAGACCCUAGCCCAAUCAAGCUGAAUUUGGGAGUUGGUGCUUACCGAACUGAGGAGGGGAAACCUUUGGUUCUUAAUGUUGUGAGGAAAGCUGAGCAGCAGCUUAUCAAUGACAGGUCACGGAUCAAGGAGUAUCUUCCCAUUGUUGGAUUGGUUGAGUUCAACAAGUUAAGCGCUAAGCUCAUAUUAGGCGCUGACAGUCCUGCUAUUCGGGAGAAUCGGGUUACAACCGUGGAGUGUUUGUCUGGUACUGGUUCCCUGAGAGUUGGAGGGGAGUUUUUGGCCAGGCAUUAUCAUCAGAAAACAAUUUAUAUUCCUCAGCCAACAUGGGGAAACCAUCCGAAAAUUUUCACCCUUGCUGGUUUGUCAGUGAAAACUUACCGCUACUAUGAUCCAUCAACACGUGGGUUGAACUUUCAAGGUUUAUUAGAAGACCUUGGUGCUGCUCCACAGGGUUCGAUAGUGCUUCUCCAUGCCUGUGCUCAUAACCCAACUGGUGUUGAUCCAACCCUUGAACAAUGGGAGCAAAUCAGAAAGUUGAUGCGUUCCAAAGGAUUGAUGCCAUUCUUUGAUAGUGCUUAUCAGGGCUUUGCGAGUGGAAGUCUGGAUACAGAUGCGAAACCAAUUAGGAUGUUUGUUGCUGAUGGAGGAGAAUUGCUCGUUGCUCAGAGUUAUGCAAAGAACAUGGGACUCUAUGGAGAACGUGUUGGAGCUCUCAGCAUUGUAUGCAAAGCAGCAGAUGUAGCGGGAAGAGUUGAGAGCCAACUGAAACUUGUAAUAAGGCCAAUGUACUCAAACCCUCCGAUCCAUGGUGCAUCCAUCGUUGCUGUAAUCCUCCGUGACAGGAACUUGUUCAACGAAUGGACUCUGGAACUGAAAGCCAUGGCUGAUCGUAUCAUCAGCAUGAGGAAACAGCUUUUCGAGGCAUUACGUGCUCGAGGCACGCCUGGAGACUGGACUCACAUCAUCAAACAGAUCGGUAUGUUUACCUUCACAGGGCUAAACCCAGCUCAAGUCUCCUACAUGACUAAAGAGUACCACAUCUACAUGACAUCCGACGGGAGGAUAAGUAUGGCUGGUCUGAGCUCGAAGACUGUACCGCACCUUGCAGACGCUAUCCAUGCCGUUGUCACCAAAGCCCUCUGAGACAUCUCACACCACCACCACGGUUACAUGGUGAUAAUAAAGAAUCUUACCUUCUUUCAGUAUUUCCGGCAGUGACAAGUUAAUUGUCACUAAUAUUAUUGUUAUUUCAUCUCAGGGGUUAAUAAAGUAGGCAAGAGAGUUUUGUGCCUCUUCUACUAUUUACAUUCUCAAUGUAACUUUGUAGACAGCAACCAAUUUUCAAUUUUUGGUUCUAUCUUUUAAGGGUUUCUAGCUUAUGGAACCUAACAUAGAAUAAGAAUGUUGUUA